AUAAGCAACAAGUCAUUCAACACCAAACCCAGUGUAAAUAAGUAAAAAUAAUAAUAAGAAGGAACAGAAAAAAGCAUCGGCAUGUAUGCAGCGAAAAACGUACGCCCGCGCAGCAGUCUCUCCACAGACGAUAACCAUCGGAUCAAGGACACCAACCGGCCCCACAAGGCCCCCAGCAAUACGAUCCUCACCCUCGCAGCCUUCUGCGUCUUCCUGCUCGUGCUGUGCGGCUUCCUGCUGGGCGCCCUUGUCUAUGUGGGCAAGAAUAUAGCCGAUGAGCACCAGAGGCAGCAACAGCAGCAAGCCAACAGCUCCCAGAUGGCCCUGAAUGCCACAAUUCGAACUGUUUACGUGGACCGGGAUCAAUUGCUGUCCACAAAACCCAUUUUAAGCGUUCUUUCAGAUAACCGCGUUCACACCACCCAAGUGCCAGCCAUAGGAAAAAUACGCCAAAUGGCCACCUUAGCUCCCGCCGUAAAAGCUGCAAGCAAAGUGCUCCAGAAUCUGGGAUUCCGGUUACCCAAACAACUGAAGCCCAGCAAGUACCGGUUGCACCUGCGUCCGGAUCUGGACAAGAAGAUCUACUCCGGGAACAUUAGCAUCAGUCUGCAGGUGCUGGAACCAAUAUCCUUUAUACCCGUGCAUACUGACCGACUGAAUGUCAGCACCGUGGAAGUCCAGCACCUAGAUGAUUCGGGUGCUCCUCUAAAAAACAUUACUCCCGUGCUAACAUUUGAACACCCGGAGUUCGAGUACUGGGUUACGGAGUUCGAGCAGCCUUUGGACGUUGGAAACUACUCACUGAGCUUGAAUUUCACGGGGUCACUGACUGAGAGAAUCACGGGAAUGUACCAGAGCGCAUAUCAGGAUAAACUGAAGAACCGCACCAGAUCUAUUGUGAGCACCAAGUUUGAACCCACCUAUGCCCGCAGCGCCUUCCCCUGCUUCGAUGAGCCCGCUCUCAAGGCCCAGUUCACCAUUACGGUAGCCCGUCCCACCGGAGAUGAGUACCAUGUGCUGUCCAACAUGCCCGUGGAUAGCGAAUAUGUCAAUGGCGAUCUUACCGAGGUGACCUUCCAGGAGACAGUGCCCAUGAGCACCUACUUGGCCGCCUUUGUGGUGUCUGACUUUGCUUACAAAACCACUACUGUGGAGGGAACCAGCAUCGAGCUGAGGGUUUAUGCGCCUCCUGCCCAAAUAGAAAAGGCCCAGUACGCCCUGGAGGCUGGAGCUAGUGUGACUGCCUACUACAUUGACUAUUUCAAUAUUUCGUACCCACUGCCCAAACUAGAUUUGGUGGCCAUACCCGACUUUGUUUCCGGCGCCAUGGAGAACUGGGGUCUGGUAACGUUCCGUGAGACAGCUUUGCUUUACGAUGAAGCCAGUAGUUCCAGUGUGAACAAGCAGCGUGUGGCCGUCGUGGUGGCCCAUGAAUUGGCUCAUCAAUGGUUCGGCAACCUAGUGACAAUGAACUGGUGGAGCGACCUCUGGCUAAAUGAGGGCUUCGCCUCCUUUGUGGAAUACAAGGGCGUGACGCAAAUGCAUCCAGAAUGGGACAUGGACAAUCAGUUUGUGAUCGAGGAACUGCAUCCGGUGAUGACAAUCGACUCUACUCUGGCCUCCCAUGCAAUCGUCAAGGCGAUUGAGAGCCCGGCUGAGAUUACCGAGUACUUCGAUACGAUCACCUACUCGAAGGGAGCUGCUUUGGUGCGAAUGCUGGAGAAUCUUGUAACCGAGGAGAAGUUGAAGAAUGCCACCAGCCGCUACCUGAGGCGUCACAUCUAUAGCACUGCCACCACGGAGGAUUACCUCACUGCCAUUGAGGAAGAGGAGGGUCUCGACUUCGAUGUCAAAUUGAUCAUGCAAACCUGGACGGAGCAGAUGGGUCUGCCAGUCGUGGAGGUGGAGAAAACUGGCUUCACGUACAAGCUUACCCAGAAGCGCUUCCUGGCCAACGAGGAUGAUUAUGCUGCCGAAGCGGAGGCCUCUUCCUUCAACUACCGGUGGUCUAUUCCCAUCACCUACCAGAGCAGCUUGAACAGCGAAGUGCAGUCCACAAUUUUCAACUACAACGACAAUGAGGUUACCGUUACACUGCCCGGAGAGGUUAACUGGAUUAAGUUUAACAAAGACCAGGUUGGUUAUUAUAUAGUGAACUACCCCGUCGACACAUGGGCAUCUCUACUGAAUGCCCUGAAAACCACACAAGACUCCUUCAGCACUGCUGAUCGUGCAAACUUGCUGCACGAUGCGAAUGUCCUGGCUGCUGCCGGACAAUUGCCUUAUUCCACAGCCCUGGACCUAAGCACAUAUUUAGAGAAUGAGCAGAACUACGUACCCUGGAGUGUGGGCACCUCUUCGCUGGCCUCUCUGAGGAACCGUCUUUACUACACGGAUCUCUACAGUAACUUUACCACCUAUGCCCGCAAAUUGCUGACGCCCAUUGUUGAGAAGGUCACCUUCACCGUGGGAACCGAUCACCUGGAAAACCGCCUGCGUAUUAAGGUCUUGAGCUCGGCUUGCAGUCUCGGUCACGAAAGUUCACUGCAACAGGCCACUACUCUCUUCAACCAGUGGCUGGCCAGUCCAGAGACCCGGCCAAGCCCAGAUGUCCGCGAUGUCGUCUACUACUACGGCAUGCAGCAGGUCAACACGGAGGCAGUCUGGGACCAGUUGUGGAAGUUGUACUUGGAGGAAACUGAUGCUCAAGAGAAACUGAAGCUGAUGAGCGCACUGUGCGCUACACAGGUGCCUUGGUUGCUGCGACGAUACAUUAAUUGGGCUUGGGACGAAAGCAACGUGCGCCGUCAGGACUACUUUACCCUGCUGGGCUACAUCUCCCAGAAUCCUGUGGGCCAGAGUCUGGUAUGGGAUUACGUACGCGAGAACUGGGAACAACUGGUGGAGCGUUUCGGUAUCAACGAACGCACUCUGGGACGUCUGAUCCCCACGAUUACUGCUCGCUUCUCUACGCAAACGAAGCUGGAGGAGAUGGAACAGUUCUUCGCCAAAUAUCCUGAGGCUGGAGCCGGAACAGCGGCCCGUCAACAAGCUUUGGAAACGGUCAAGGCCAACAUCAAAUGGCUGACACUAAACAAGGAGUCGGUGGGCACUUGGCUGGCCAACUAUGUUGACCAGUCGGCCGUCACUAACCGCAUCCAAUGAGUGGCAAACGCUCAUCCUAGCGCACCCUGUAAAAUAGCAGCAAUGUAAAAACUACCAAUGGUUAUAAACAUAUAGUCUUAGCAACCUAAUGCGCCAACUGCAUUUGAAAUGUGAACGAAGAAUUGUGAAUGCGUACGAUAUUUUUGAAGAAAAUACUAGACAACA